AUCUCGCAGCUGAUUCUGCUGCUUCAUAUCACCCCUUUCACCCAUCAAUGGCAAGCUCUGGAGCAGUCCCAUCCAUUGACGCUACGCUGGGCGCCACGUUUAUCGGUGUCGUUGUCGCGGCAGUAUUAUACGGAGUCACCUGUUUACAAACAUGGCACUACUAUCACACGUAUGGGAGUGAUACUUGGCGGCUCAAAGGCCUGGUCCUAUCUGUAUGGAUUUGCGACACCGUCCACCAAGUUCUUAUAUCGCAUACAGUCUACACGUAUCUGGUUACACACUAUGCCGAUCCUCAAUACCUAAGUAUGCUGGUGUGGAGCCUCUUGGUUGAAGUUCUGUUCAAUGGCUUUACUGCUUUUGUCGUCCAAUGCUUCUUCACCAUCCGAAUAUAUAACUUGAGCCACAAGAAUAUCAUGCUUACAGGCCUGGUGGCUGCUCUAGUCCUUGCGCAAUUUUGUGUCACACUUGUUUAUGUCGGCAAAUCAUUGCCUAUGAAGACAUACGAGCAACUCGAUACACUCAAAGGGCUCUCUAUGGCUGUGAAUGCUACGACAGCAGCGAGUGACGUCGUGAUUGCAAUGUCUUUGGUUUCAAUGUUGCAUCUAUCACGUACAGGUUUCAAACGCUCAGACAGUGUCAUCAACAAGUUGAUAUUGUAUACAGUGAACACUGGCUUGCUAACAAGCAUCGAUGCCAUCUGCUCGUUGGCCAGUAUUGCUGCUCUUCCUAAUACAUUCAUUUAUAUAUGUUUCUUUUUCGCCUUGGGCCGUCUUUACGCAAACUCACUUUUAGCGACACUCAAUGCACGAAAGUCAAUUCGUCAGAAAGUCAGCCCAGAUGACAUGUCUUUAUCUGGACUGCAGAGCAUCCCGCGCACGGUCGAUGUGCCGGGUUUGAAAAAGGUAUGCCUAAAUAUUUUUCUGGUUAUCGCCCGUCCAAACUUGUAUGACUCAGCCGACAAACAAUAUCGCCAUCCAAAUUGA